CCAAGAUGGCGGCGCCCUUGCAGAAGUGCUAAGAAACAGUUUUGUUUGAGACUAUGGUUCGGAUUAAAAUAGGCACAAUUCCACUGAUUCGUCAUUUAGGACACCUUAAAGUGCACAAAAACAGACCGUAGGGUUGGGCGAACGAGCGCCAGUCGUGGAUCACGCAGUGUGACUAAGGAUGAUGAUGGGCCACAGCGCCUGAACGAGAAACAGAUCCAGCGCAGAUUCUCCUGCAAACACAUUCCGAUCCAGUGCCUGCACAUCUUACACAGGUUUUGGUCGCUGUCGUAUACGCUGCUGACAGGACUGAUCUGUGUGGUCGUCUGCAGACGUAGCGCAUUUCCAGCUCAAGCUCGGGAGAGCUCAGCCGAUCCCAGAUUCAUACUAAAAUGGAUGCUGAGUUGCUUCACUCCCCUGUGGUGGGGUCUACGGAAGAUGAGGAGGUGGAUGUUUGUUACUGGAACCUUCAACUGGCUUUCAUGAAGAAACGUCACACAGAGAAAAUCGAGGGAUCCAAAGCCCUUGCUCAGAGCUGGAGAAUGAAAGACAGGAUGAAAACGGUGAGUGUGGCUCUGGUUUUGUGUCUCAAUGUUGGUGUGGACCCUCCUGAUGUAGUCAAGACGUCACCCUGUGCAAGACUAGAGUGCUGGUUAGACCCUCUGUCUAUGAGUCCACAGAAAGCCCUGGAGACGAUAGGGGCCAAUUUACAGAAACAGUAUGAGAAUUGGCAGCCAAGGGCACGAUAUAAGCAGAGUUUGGACCCUACAGUUGACGAGGUAAAGAAAUUGUGUACUUCACUACGCAGAAAUGCCAAAGAGGAACGUGUUCUCUUUCAUUAUAAUGGCCAUGGAGUUCCACGACCCACUGUCAAUGGAGAGAUAUGGGUCUUCAACAAGAACUACACCCAGUACAUCCCUCUCUCCAUAUAUGACCUACAGACGUGGAUGGGAAGUCCCUCCAUUUUUGUUUAUGAUUGCUCUAAUGCAGGAAUCAUUGUCAAGUCAUUCAAACAGUUUGCACUGCAGCGGGAGCAGGAGCUAGAGGUGGCAGCAAUAAAUCCAAACCACCCGUUGGCUCAAAUGCCGCUACCUCCCUCCAUGAAAAACUGCAUUCAGUUGGCUGCCUGUGAAGCUAGUGAACUUCUGCCAAUGAACCCUGACCUUCCUGCUGACCUCUUUACAUCAUGCCUUACUACACCAAUCAAAAUUGCCCUCCGCUGGUUCUGUAUGCAGAAGAGUGCAAAGCUUGUGCCAGGAGUGACCUUGGACCUGAUUGAGAAGAUCCCAGGCAGACUGAAUGACAGAAGAACGCCAUUAGGAGAGCUCAACUGGAUUUUCACAGCUAUCACUGACACAAUCGCAUGGAAUGUCCUUCCGAGAGAUCUCUUUCAGAAACUGUUUCGUCAGGAUCUAUUGGUGGCAAGUCUUUUUCGUAAUUUUCUGUUGGCUGAGAGAAUUAUGAGGUCAUAUAACUGUACACCUGUCAGCAGCCCCAGGUUACCACCCACAUAUAUGCACUCUAUGUGGCAAGCAUGGGACCUUGCAGUGGACAUCUGCCUCUCCCAGCUCCCCACCAUCAUUGAGGAGGGUACAGCCUUUAGACACAGUCCAUUCUUUGCUGAGCAGCUAACAGCAUUUCAAGUCUGGCUUACAAUGGGUGUUGAGAACAGAAAUCCACCAGAGCAGCUCCCCAUUGUCCUGCAGGUACUCUUAAGUCAGGUACACAGACUGAGGGCACUGGAUUUGCUUGGGCGCUUUUUGGACCUGGGUCCUUGGGCCGUCAGUCUGGCUCUAUCGGUGGGGAUUUUUCCGUAUGUUUUAAAACUGUUGCAGAGUUCAGCAAGAGAGCUGAGACCUCUUCUGGUCUUCAUCUGGGCAAAGAUCCUUGCUGUGGAUAGUUCUUGUCAAGCUGACCUAGUAAAAGACAAUGGACACAAGUAUUUCCUGUCAGUGCUGGCUGACCCAUACAUGCCUGCCGAGCAUCGAACCAUGGCAGUCUUCAUUCUUGCUGUGAUUGUCAACAAUUACAACACAGGACAGGAGGCGUGUCUGCAAGGUAACCUGAUUGCGAUUUGUCUAGAGCAGCUCAAUGACCCUCAUCCUCUCCUCAGGCAGUGGGUGGCGAUAUGUUUGGGCCGUAUCUGGCAAAGUUUUGAUUCUGCACGCUGGUGUGGAGUUCGAGACAGUGCCCAUGAGAAGCUUUACAGUCUCCUGUCUGAUCCCAUUCCAGAGGUGCGUUGUGCAGCUGUGUUUGCAUUGGGUACAUUCGUGGGUAAUUCUGCUGAAAGAACAGACCACUCUACCACCAUUGAUCAUAACGUGGCAAUGAUGCUAGCACAACUAAUUAAUGAUGGCAGUCCAAUUGUGAGGAAGGAGCUUGUUGUUGCUCUCAGUCAUCUAGUGGAGCAGUAUGAGAGUAAUUUCUGUACUGUAGCUCUGCAGUUCAUAGAGGAAGAGAAGAACUAUGCUGUAGCCUCACCUGCCAAUUCCACAGAGACAGGAAACGUCACACCAGUAAAGGACAGCCCCGCCAUACCUCGUUUACGAUCGGUAAACUCCUACACAAACCUCAGAGCUGCCACUACUGCUCGAACCCUUAACAAGAGCCUUCAGAACCUCAACCUCAACGAAGAGGGUGGUCCGGCAGCAUUUUCACCAGGCAACCUGAGCACCAGUAGCAGUGCCAGCAGUACACUGGGUAGCCCUGACAAUGAUGAAUACCUCCUUUCUUUUGAAACUAUCGACAAGAUGAGGAGAGUCAGCUCAUACUCUUCCUUAAACUCUCUUAUCGGUGUAUCUUUUAACAGUGUAUAUACUCAGAUUUGGAGAGUACUACUGCAUCUUGCAGCAGAUCCGUUUCCAGAUGUCUCUGAUCUGGCCAUGAGGGUUCUCAACAACAUUGCAUACAAGGCCACCAUGAAUGCUCGGACACAAAGAAUUCUAGACUCUGGAUCUCUAACCCAAUCAGCUCCUGCCAGCCCUACCAGCAAAGGAACACUUAUACAUCAGGCUGGUGCUUCCCACAGAUCCAAACGUUCUUCAUCUCCUUCCAGCGGAUCUCCACCUGUGCCUGGAGCUUCUAGUUCAAGCCUCACCAAUGAGGUGCCCAAAGCCCCUGUCCGGGAUGGGCCAUCUUCUCGUCCAACAUACACGCCAACGCUGGGUGGCCAGGCACCUCACUCGCAGCAGUUCCCACGUACUAGAAAGAUGUUUGACAAGGGCCCAGAUCAGACUGCUGAGGAUGGAGAUGAGACGGCUGCUCACAGGGCUUUUAUCAAUGUUAGUCUCCAGACGGGUGUGUGUGACUGGAGUGCAAAAUACUUCGCUCAGCCUGUCAUGAAGAUUCCAGAAGAGCAUGAUUCAGAAAGUCAGGUCCGUAAGGAGAGGGAGUGGCGGUUUUUACGUAACACUCGAGUACGGAGGCAAAGCCAGUGUGUCACUCAGAGAGGAGUGACAAGGUUAGAUGAUCAGAUCUUCAUCAACAGAAACCCAGGAGUACCAUCAGUGGUUAAGUUUCAUCCAUUUAACACCUGCAUUGCUGUAGCUGACAAAGACUCAAUCUGUUUUUGGGACUGGGAAAAAGGAGAGAGACUUGAUUAUUUCUACAAUGGGAACCCCCGGUACACACGCAUCACAGCUAUGGAAUACCUGAAUGGGCAUGACUCCUCUCUCCUCCUUACUGCUACUGAUGAUGGGGCAUUGAGAAUUUGGAAAAACUUUGCUGACCAGAAGAAUCCCGAGAUGGUUACAGCUUGGCAGGGGCUAUCUGAUAUGCUGCCCACCACACGAGGUUUGGCCAGACGUGUCUCAAUCUAUAUUGACAGAAGCAAGCAGGGUGGUGCAGGUAUGGUAGUGGACUGGGAGCAAGAGACUGGUCUGUUGAUGACAUCAGGUGACGUGCGAGUCAUUCGGAUCUGGGACACAGAACGAGAGAUGAAAGUGCAGGACAUCCCAACAGGAGCGGACAGCUGUGUAACCAGUUUGUCGUGUGAUCCUCAACGGUCACUUGUUGCAGCAGGUUUUGGAGACGGAUCAGUACGGGUUUAUGACCGCAGAAUGGGACCCAAUGAAUGCCGGGUUAUGACAUACAGAGAACAUGGUGCAUGGGUGGUAAAGACACAUCUGCAGAAGGAGCCAGAAGGACAUAUUAUUAGUGUCAGUGUGAAUGGAGAUGUUCGGUUCUUUGACCCACGGAUGCCAGAAGCAAUCAACAUCUUGCAGACAGUGAAAGGACUGACUGCCCUAGACAUUCAUCCACAGGCUACCUUGUUUGCUUGUGGUUCUAUGAAUCAAUUUAUAGCUGUGUAUAACUCCAAUGGGGAUGUUAUCAGCAACAUUAAAUACUAUGACGGUUUCAUGGGACAGAGAAUUGGAGCCAUCAGCUGUCUGGCCUUCCACCCUUAUUGGCCUCAUCUGGCAGUGGGCAGUAAUGACUACUAUAUGUCCAUCUACUCAGCAGAAAAGAGACUCAGAUAACAUCAUGACAUCUUCCUGAAAGCCCUGCUCACAUACCUGGCGUAUUCUUCCUGACUUCUGGCAUAUUCAGCAACCACCAUGUAGAUGUAAAGAAGGCUGCUGGAACCAUAUAUGAUGAAUAUAGUAUUAUUAUUGUUAUCAUCAUAAUUCUGAUUUUAGUUGUUGAUUGUACAUUUUUUAAUUGCCUAAGAGGAUCUGAAAUCAAAACAUUACGCUUUAUCAAAGCUGGACUAUGAGUUUGUAUGGGAUUGUGAAGCUUCAAACACCUGGAGAAGAGAGUAACCUGAAGGAAGGAUGACAAAUUUGCAGAAGCUCCCAGAGUUUUUGGGGUUUUCACAAAGGUGUCUGACUAUAAAAGGACGUAUCUGCCCUACACCUAUCUCUGCUGUGUAAUACAGUAGAAUGUAUAGUUAAGAAACCAUAGCCUUUAAAUUGGAAGAUUGCUGUGUGUGUAUGUUUGUGAAGGACGCUAUGGCUAGCUAACAGAUGCACUGUUAUUUCUGCCAAUCACAACCUCCAUUCACACAUCAUUUCCUGUGUACAUGGUGCCAAACCCUCUCUCUGUUAACUUAACAAUGCAACUAAGCUGUGAGGGAAAAAAAGAGGAUGAAAAAGAACAUAUCUCUAGCCACCUAUCUGAAAAAUUGCUAGAGACUUUUUAAAAGUUGAAACUGAGAAUGUUACACGAUUUGCUUUCGCAUUGCCUCCCAUAUUAUCUGUUAAUGUGCCAACUCCUUGCCGUCAUGAUCAUGUUCAUUUCCUCUCUCCCCUUCAACUGAGCAAACUACUACUUCUAGAGCUUCUUCUUAAUCGUCGUAUCUUCUUAUGACAGUAUGUUAUUUUUUUCAAAUAAUUCCUCAAGUGGCUUAAGUUAACAAUGUGCUCAAAUGGUUUAAUAUCAGUUCUUUCAGGUAAUCAAUGCUGACAUGUAAUGAACAAAUGUAGGUCUCCUGGUUACCCAAUGAAUGAAGCAGUACACAAUUAACUUAAUGAUUCAGUGUUAAAGUAUUGUUUUACAAAUAUGUACACACUGAGUCAGCUUCUGUGUGUACAUAUUGUGUACAUAGACUGUGUCUGUGCUGCUGGUUUUGCUAUAAAUUAACUUGACAAUAGACUUUGGAUAAUUGAGUUUUAUUGUGGUUCACAAUGAUUUGAGCUGCAUCCUACAACAAUGCACAAUAGCAAUAGAUUGUCACAUUCACGUUAGGCAUAAAAAUGUUUAUUUCAAACUCACAGCAACCAUAUUCAUAGAUGAAAAGGUUUGGAUUAUUUUUUUCUACCUUUCAAGAAUCUGGUUCCAGAAAUAUACAAUUAUAAAUAUAUAUAAAUAAAUAUAUGUGUAUUUACAUGAUUAUAUUUGUAACCAGUUUAAUGGGGUGAUCUAAUUCUGUGUUUUAUUUAUAACUGGCUUCAUUUUUACUUUUGAAUCUUUUAUCUGCUCCAUUUUUUUAUUUGGAUUAAUCUUGAAAGGAAAGAGUUUGUGUUUCAAACAAAAGGAGAAUUUUGUUUAGAAUUAAAACAAUCAGGUGUUGUAUGUGGCUGUAGAACCCUUUUACGAUGGUUUAAAAUACAAGAGAGGAAAGCAAUUAAAUAAACUAAAUGAAUGAA